AGGGGGAUUCAAACAUUCAAUGCUGUAUUUUCAGCUUUAUCCAUUUUGUUUUGCAGCCAGGGAAGACUAAACAGUCAGUUCCAGACAGCUUGGAAUCAUCAUGUUUCCAUGAGGGUUGGUGUGCCUGGCACGGUCUCACACUCGUUCCUUCAGAGCCUGCUAGCAGAGGCUGACAAACCCCCGGCACACACAUGAAUGUGCCCACAUGUGAACACCUACACUCACAGUUGUACAUGGGCACCCGGCCCAUUCCACCUCUCCAUGUGGACACACAUGUAUGAAGCAGCACAUACUUGGGUGCUUACGGGUGUCUGGCUCUAAAAUGGCACAUUUCUUCCCUGACAUGACUGCCUCUGUUCCCCUUCCCUCCUCCUGACUCCCUCCUCACUCCCCCACAUCCCUGCCCUGAGCAGAUGCCUAUUGUGAAGUGUUCCAGGGGGUUCCAGUUGAAGGACCUAGGGAAUGCUAGAGUUCUGUGCAGGGAGGUGUUGAGAGGUCUGUGUGCAUCUGACUAUUGUGAGCUGUCUUCCCCUAUUGGCUCUGAAAAGCUUGUGCUGAGCUGGGUCUGCAUGACAGGGGGAGGCUCCGUGUCAAUAAAAAGAGGGGGAAACAGGCAUCGGGACUCCAGUUUUGAGGAGGACCUCGCUGUCCAUUUACAGCCUCUGUUGCUGCUGCAGUGAGGAAGGCUGCUCAGGAAGGACAGCUCCUUUCUCUGACACCCCCCCCCCCCCCGGACAAGACCAGAUUGAGGCUGGCAAGAAACCUGCAGGAGUUGGACCUCCUGUAUCAUCAGAAAGCACACCUUCUGUGAGAAGGUGAGAAGCUUCUCGGGAACAAAGAGACACACAAACAGGAAGUGUUUCCAGAACAAAAUGGAAUGGCAGGUCUUGAUUCUGAUUCUUUGCCUCAGCACAUUUCCCUCAGUCUCUGCUGACUGUCCAGCCCAAUGCUCUAUGUGUGCUGUGCAAACUCAAAACCUGGACAAGCCCAUCAAUCCACUGAUGUGUUUCCUGGAGUGUCAGACCAUCCUGACAUCUAACACGGAAUGGGAGAAGUGUAAGAGCUUUCUGUCUCUUUUCACUCCUUUUAUGCUGGGUCUUCAUGGGAAAGGAGAGCUUGGAGAUAUGUCGGUAACCUCUGAAGAGCUGUAUGGUGAGCAGGCGAAGCCCUCCGUGGAGCUUACCAAGACCAUGGAGAAGUUGGCCAAUAUCCUGAUGCAGGAGAACAUCCAAGGCCGAGGACCGAGCCACACCUACGGGGACCUCCUCCCCAAGGUGGAUGAACACGCUGUAUCCGAGCUGAUGGAGGAUUCGCAACAAUACCACAGAGCCUUGGAGGCUGGAGAGCUGGGCUACCCUAGUGAGGACACAGCAGCCGCUUGGGCCAGCACCCCAAAGGAUGAGAUGAAACGCUACGGAGGCUUCCUGCGCAAGUACCCCAAGAGGAGCUCCGAGGUGGCUGGAACCGGUGAUGGCCAGGAGCAGGAAGACUUGCACAAGCGCUACGGAGGCUUCAUGAGAAGGAUCCGCCCCAAGCUCAAGUGGGACAACCAGAAGAGGUAUGGAGGCUUUCUUCGGAGGCAGUUCAAAGUGGUGACCCGGUCUGAGGAAGACCCCAACGCCUACUCGGGGGAGGUCUCCGGCCUGUAGAGCUUCCCCUCAGGCCUAGCAGAAAAGAGCCUGGAGCUGACCUCUUUCUCAUCUGGACUAAUUACACACCCAUACUUUGUGCUUGGCUGCAUGUUUUAUACGAAGGAAGAUCCAAGCCCAUCCAAGUUCCACAGUGUCUGGUAGCACCAGGGAGACCAUGUUGGUUUCGAUCUCAUUUUCCAUUCAUUUAUAAAUCUCACCACAACAGAACUGAGAUUUCUUCUCCUUGUGGCCCAAUAUAAACUGACACAGACCAACAGAUGCACACACACAUACACCCCUCCUCUCCCCCAAAACCGCAUCCAGAUCCCUCCCAAAUCAGUGGAUUUUAAUGCCCCCCCCCUCAAUGAGUAACCCCUAAUAUGUCUUCCUCCUGUACAAAGCCCAUUAAGCAGACCUAUCUGACAGUACUCUGUCUCUGGUCUGCAUCUAAAUGAUUGGGCCAAAGAGUGUCUGUGUACUACAUUUCAUGGCCCUCUGAGAAAGUUUUCAGGCCUCAGCCCUUGUUGCUCCAAAAUCCUUCUGGGAAAUGUAAUCCAAUAGAAGGGUAAUUGCCUCACCAGGUACUUACUCUUAGAUAUAUAAUUCCUGAAUUCCAGGUAACCAAAGUCCUCUAAAGUCCAGCUUCUUAAAUUGUGGGUUGAAACUCCAUAUGGGGUCCAUAGCUGAAGGUGGGGGUUGUGAAAUUAAGAUUUAUUUUCAGUAAAUGUUUGAUUUGUACACAUAUUUAUAUACCUAUGUGCCUGGAGUCAUGUAAAACUUCUUAGUUGAAAAGGAGUUGCAAGUGGAAAAAGCUGAGGAGGUCCUCCUCUAAGAAAUAUUCUCUAAAUACUCUAGAGAAUGUGAGGACCUGUGCUAUUCUCCACCAUAUAGCUAUCCUCUUAACAAAUAUUUAAGGCCUAAUGUGUGCAGUCUGGUGUAGCUGCUGGAACAAAGGCAGAUUUCAGUAAAUUAAUGUUCCUGUCUUCAACAUAUGAAUUCCUGCUCAGCUCUUUAUUAGUGCUCAUCCAAAGACCUUCCUUAAUUUAUUCUCUAAUAGGAAAAGAAUCUUGAUAUUCUUUGAAUCUUGUAUAGUUCUGUUUGGAAAUACAUCCUGGAAUAAUGAGUUCCUUCUCUCCCCCUUCCCUGGCCAAUUAGUAAGGGAAAAGGACCUUGAAGAAACUACAAUUUUUGUUACCAAUAAUAAUGUUGAUUGAGGGAACACGAAUGAAUCAAGAACAUGUGAAAUAUGCUUCCUUAAAUAUUUAUGUAGAGUUGAAUAUGCAUAGGGAAUUUAUGCUUGGAUCAAGACCCAUUCUGAGUUCCAAAACUUUAAGGGAAAGAUUCAACAAACUUAAAAUGCAAACCUGUUCCCUUGGCCCUCGUUAGUCUAAUUAAAAUGAUCAGCAUCCUUUUCCUACCCGAGAUGAACUGUGGUGGAUUCAGACUGAUGAGGUGAGGAAUGAUCAGCCACUUGAGUCACCAUAUCAGCUGCUGAGAGCCCACACCAUAUGGUCCACCAUAUGGGAUUGACUUGGACUGAGGCCGUCUAGAAGCAACAGAUAGAAAAUGAAAGAAUGCCUUAAUGACCACCCUUUCCAACCAGCAUCUCAAAAACAAACAAAUUUGAUGAUGAAACAAUUCAAAAGUCAAAUUGGCUCCCUAAGUUUCUCAAAAUGAUGGCAGUUGACCUUACAAAGCUAUAGCCUUGAGAACUAUAGGAGGCAGACUGAAUCCUAGAAUCUCAAGGAAGGAACCAAAGAAAUGAUUUAAUCUAAUUCUUUACCUGAAGCAUAAACUCUCUCUUAGCAUCUUCUAUAAGUGGUCAUCCCCCUUGCAUUUGAACACCUCUGCUGAAAGGAAACUCCAUCACCCAAAGUAACCCAUUUCACUGUUAGUCAAUUCUGAAUGCUAGAAAGUCUUAUUUUAAAUUCAAAUUUUCCCCUCAAUUUCUCCAUAAAAUUUCCUCCCGGGUCCAAGGAGAACAAAUCAAAUGCUUCUUCUUCAUGACAGUCCUUUUGUUAUCUGAGGGCCAAUGGUUUUGGAUUUAGAUGUAGUAUACCAAUUGCAGCCUAGCACAAAUAUUUAUCCACAGUUAUUAAGUCUAUCGUGAUGUUCCUAUUGUACAGAUUGUUUUCUUUCCUUUUAAAAAAUUCAGUUUACAUGACUAAACUGGAGUCUGAUCUGUCUGAAAUAGGAUGGUAUCAUACCUCCCUUUCUUCUGUAUUAUAAAUAAAAUGAAGAUGCUAAUAGCU